AUAUACCUAUAGCAGUUCCGAAUGAUACUUCCGAUUCCCGGCAACCCGGAAUUUCAUAACACAGCAUUUGAGGUUAAACUUGUAAAGCUGCCAGUUCUUAUAGAAUCACAAUGUCGGUAUAAACAAACAUUUAGACGAUAUUGAAAACUUGACACUAUUAAUCUAAAAACUUAUUGAAAACAGUUCUCAGUAUGUAUUCCUUGAUACAUAAAACUGAAAAUGCUCAUGAAGAUAGCAUUUGGACUUGUGCUUGGGGUUGCCCAAAAAAGAAGAAGGAUACCACUAUAGACAACGAAGAUUCAAGAGAUUCUAUGCACUCAAACGAUGAUGAAUCGAGUGAAUAUGUCAUUACUGGUUCGGUUGAUGAUACUGUUAAAGUUUGGGAACAUCAAAAUGGAAGUCUUAAACUUAAGCACAAACUUACUGGACAUUCAUUAGGAGUUGUAUCCGUAGCAGUGAAUUCUGACGGAACAAAAUGUGCUUCCAGUUCUUUGGAUUCAAGUUUAAGAGUAUGGGACUUGGAAUCUGGAGAAAAAAUAUUCAGCAUAGAGGUUGGCCCAGUCGAUAUAUGGACAGUUUGUUUUUCACCAGACGACAAGUAUAUAGUGUCUGGUAGUCAUGCUGGUAAAAUUCACUUAUACAGUGCAGAAAAUGGUAAACAAGAGCAAAGUUUGGAUACAAGAGGAGGAAAAUUCACACUUAGCGUAGCUUACAGCCCGGAUGGUAAAUACAUAGCUAGUGGAGCUAUAGAUGGAAUUAUUAAUAUUUUCGACGUUGCAUAUGGAAAAGUAUUACAAACAUUGGAAGGACAUGCUAUGCCCAUUCGAUCUCUUUGUUUCUCACCUGACUCCCAGCUUUUGUUGACUGCUAGUGAUGAUAGCCAUAUGAAAUUAUAUGACAUAAAGGAUGCUAAUGUAGCAGGAACUAUGUCAGGACAUGCUGCAUGGGUACUUGGAGUUACAUUUGCACCCGAUGGCCAAAAGUUUGCUUCUAGCAGUUCAGAUCAUACUGUCAAAGUUUGGGAACUGGCACAACGUCAAUGCUUACAUACCUUUCGUGAGCAUACUGAUCAGGUCUGGGGAGUUAAAUAUCAUCCUUCAAAAAGCAACUUGCUUUUAUCGGUAGCUGAAGAUAAAGCUAUUAAUUUAUAUGAACAUCCAGAGUAACUGAACAUGUGUAUAUAUUGUAAAUUUUAUAAUAUUAAGGACAUAAAAAAAGAAAAUAAAGAUUUUUUCAUAAAAA